ACAGCACUGCCAACCGAUCCCACCACCGAUAUAAGCCCAAAACACGCCGUCCGCCGCAGCCCGCCGCCGGUUACGCUAGCGCCCCUGCUCAACACUCGCUCGUUCGAUUACCUUUUUCUCGUUGGCGACUUUCCUCGCGUUUUCUGGAGGGAGAAAAUGCUAGAAACGCAAGACCCAUCAAUUAAGCUGUUUGGUAGGACAAUUCCCUGGUCGGCCACGGGCGAGUCCCAGGUCGUCUCUGGCGACGACUCUACCGACACUUCUGGCGCUACUGCUGCUGAAAAUUCUGAUAAUGAUUUGUCUUCCGAGGAGAAGAAGAAAGAGAGUGGAACGCAGAGUGAAGCAACAGAGGAGUUAGAAGAAGAGAAGGAUGUUCAAGCAGGAAAACCCACUGAUGCCCCACCUCAUACUUCAGAAGAAUCUAUGAAUCCACAAACAUCAUUGGGGCUUAACGAGAACCCGAGCGCACCUUCUAUUGAUGAGCAAAAUGCAGCAUCAAAGGCUUCCAAGACCGAGAAAGAUGGUAAAGCAAAUAACCCCCUGGAGAAAAGUCUUAAAAAAAUAGACAAAAUACUCCCAUGCCCUCGCUGUAAUAGCGUGGAAACAAAGUUUUGCUACUACAACAAUUACAAUGUCAAGCAACCCCGUCAUUUCUGCAAAAGUUGUCAAAGAUAUUGGACGGAUGGUGGUACGAUGAGGAAUGUGCCUGUGGGAGCUGGCCGUCGCAAGAACAAGAACUCUGCCUCACAUUAUUGUCAGAUCUCCAUCUCUGAAGCUCUCCAGACGGCUCAAAUUGAUACCCAGAAUGGAAUUCAUUCCCCCAAAUUUAAAAGAAAUGGCAUGGUGCUCAAAUUCAAUUCGGAUGCAUCCCUUUCGGAAUCCAUGGCUUCUGUUUUAAAUAUUGCGAGCAAAACAAUAUGGAACGGUGUGCAAAAUGAGCUUCAUAAACCUGAACAGCCAGAGAUUCCACUUCCGCGCAAAGUUGGCGAAAAUGGUGAUGCUUCUAUCAAUGGUUUAAAUUCAACAGAGGAUGGAGGAAAGAAUCACACUCAAGAGCCAAUAGCACAAAACUUUCAUGGCUUCCCCACUCUCCCUGGAGUCGCUUGGCCUUAUCCGUGGAAUGCUGCAGUCCCCCCACUGGCCUUCUGUCAUCCUGCAUUUCCCAUGUUCUAUCCUGCAAAUUACUGGAAUUCUACUCUCCCGAGCACUUGGAGCACUCCUUGGUUGUCUCCCCCAGCUUCAUUCCCAGACCAAAAUGUUUCAACCUCUGGUACAAAUUCUCCAACCUUGGGGAAACAUUCUAGGGAUGGGAACACGCUCAAGCGCAAUUCAGAGGAAGAGGAAUCACCAAAGCAAAAGAUUUCAGAGAGAAAUAUUUGGGUUCCUAAAACUUUGAGGAUUGAUGAUCCUGAUGAAGCUGCAAAGAGUUCUAUAUGGGCAACAUUGGGAAUUAAAAAUGAAUCAAUCUGCAAGGAAGGGCUUUUUAAGCCCUUUGACCGUAAGGCUGACAAGAAGAAUCAUAUACAUGAAAGCUCUCCAGCAUUGCAGGCAAAUCCCGCUGCCUUGUCUAGAUCCCUCAACUUCCGUGAGAGCUCCUAAUCACACACCUUAUAGGACAGGAGUUUCAUUUUGGUACACGAAACACUAUUGAACUUCUCAUAACCGUGUUUAUUCACCCAAGAUAGGUCCUAUAUUCAUGUUGAAAAAAUUUUACGACCACAACAUCACAGAAGAAGAUUGGGAGUUCAGCUGAUCCUUGGUUUUUCUCUAUGGGGAGAGUUCCUAUUAUAGAAGCUCAAGUAGAGACUUGUUUCAAUCUUCUUGUGUUGGUGAAAGCCAUACCAUCUUAGUUCUAUUAGUGAGUUUGAGUAUGUACAUGCCUCUUUUUUAUAUACUGACAUAAAAUAAGUGGUGGUUUGGGUGGGGGGAAGUGUGAUGGAUCUACUAAAACCCACAUGUAAUAUGAUGAAGUCUAAAACCUAAACCUGGAAUGGAUCUGUAUGAGCAUUUUCUUCUGGGUGUUCUGCAAUAAGAGGAUUGCUGCAUUUAUAUGUUUUGAGUUUUGGAGAGAUGGGUAGCCCUCAACUUUUCAAAGAGGGGAAAAUAUUAUGUAAAAUCUUGAAUGCAGUUGUCUCAUCAACACCAAAAGGGUUGAGUAUUUGUUCUUCUUGGACA